CAAAAUGUCAACAAACAUUGGAAAGGUUUACAGUUUAUAGUUUUUUGUGUUUAUAAUUUUCAAAUUGAUUGACAAGUUUAUUUAGAAAGAGGAGAAGCACUCCUAGUCUAGCGUUCAUGUGAUGGAUAUAUCAAGAGGAGGUGGGGCAAAGCUCAAUUGAUGUACAUCAGUUUUUCAGUCUGGUAUUAUGGCGUGGUCCGUGAAGAAGCGUGUGGCUGUCGCGUGUGCUGUUGGCUGGAGUUUGACCAUCCUGGGGGCAUGUCUUAUACCCCUGCUGGAGUGGGUUAUCAAGAAACAAGUGGAAAAGACAGUUGUGAUCAAGGAAGGAGGCCCUGUGUACGAGUUCUGGCUGGACCCACCAGUUCCCAUCUACCUACAGGUGUACAUGUUCAACCUGACUAACCCUGACGAGGUCCUGGCUGGCACCAAGCCUCCCAACCUGGUCCAGGCUGGGCCCUAUACUUACAGCGAAAAGCGAACAAAGUAUGAUAUAAAGUUCAAUGACAAUGGGACAGUGACAUAUAGGCAGAAUCGGACGUUCCACUUCCUGCCAGACAUGUCACAGGGACACAAUGAGUCGGACAUUUUUGUGACAGCAAAUCCUGUCUACUGGGCCCUAUAUAAUGCUCUUGUGCUGGAGGAACCAGUGGUUCGUGAGGUUAUAUACCUGCUGACCCAGGUGUUUGAUGAGCACCCGUUCAUGACCCGCCCCCUGCGAGAAAUCAUCUGGGGCUACCACGACCAAUUACUUAACAUUACCAAGGCCAUCGACCCAGACUGGUUCUACACAGAUUACAUUGGCUUUUUCAUGAAUAAAAAUGCUACGAAUGAUGGAGUUUACACUGUAUACACCGGAGAAUCGGAUAUUUCCAAACUUGGAGUUAUAGACAAAUACAAUGGCUCCAGUCAUCUGGAUUUCUGGACAACAACACAGGCUAACAUGAUUAAUGGCUCAGAUGGUACCCUUGGUCCACCAUACCUACCUAAGGAUACCACUACAUACUCGUUUUCCUCAGAUGUCUGCAGGAGUGUUCCAGGGGUCUACAGUAAGGAUGUGAAGUCGCCCCAGGGAAUCAAGCUGUGGCGGUUUUCAGGGCCAAUGUCUGCCUUCCAGAAUGCCACAGAGAACCCAGCUAAUCUAGGAUACUGCACCCCACAGACCAACUGCCUGGGAGGAGGCCUCGUCAACGUCUCAGCUUGCCAGUCAGUGGACUUCUUCCAUCUGCCGGUGGCUGUCUCCCUGCCCCACUUCCUGUUCACAGACAAGCGCUACCUGGAGGCUGUCACGGGACUGAGCCCCAACGAAGAGGAACAUAACACCAUACUCGAUCUAGAGCCGUACACAGGGCUGGUUUUGCGAGCUGAAAAAAGAGUGCAAAUCAAUGUGUACCUCACACCUAUAGCUAAUGUCACCGAGACAUUGGACAUCAAGCCUGUGUUCCUGCCUAUUUUCUGGCUGAAUGAGAGUGCUGUGAUAGAUGACAAGAGUGCUGCUAAGCUGAAGCGGCUGCUGUUCACGCCCCUUCUGAUCAUAGAAGUAGGGGAGAUCACUCUCAUCUGUGUUGGUGUGCUCAUACUGUUGGGGACGGUCAUAUAUGGCAUCAGGAAAAACAUGUGGGACAGAGAAUCACAGACCUACAGUAGCGGAGAAACUGAUGAAUCUACAAAUGUGGAAUACGACACCCAGCCCAUCUUACCUGGCAACAGCGGAGGGAACACAGAAGGUUCAGGACCCCAUGACAACCUUGGGGCGACAGGGGGGUCGGGUGGUCAUGACAAUGGCGAGCAGGACAGGGGCCAAACUAAUGUAGGAGACACACAACCCUGAAUUUAAUUGAUAUGAUGCUUAAUCAGAAUACAACCGCCCCUGAUAAUGACUAAUUUUUUAACAAGAUAAUAUAUUGAAUCAAAGUCCAGGUGUGUUUGUUUGUGCAGCAUUGUCAUGUGACUAGUAAAUCUCUCCAUUGGUCGAACAGUUAUGACAUUUACGGUAUAUCAGGGUGGUUCGGCCUAUUGUCAAUUGUGUUCAAAAAUGAUUUUAAGUGAGAAAAAAAUAUGCUAAAAAUCUAGUCAUCUGAUAAAAACAGGCAAAAAAUAUCUGUUCUUAACUCGGUUGGCAAUAUGGAGGCCAUGUUGUAUUAUAUCUGCUUCUAUAAAAGUGUCAUAUACAACUGUUACGCUUUCAUCCAUCAAGUUGACUAUGACUUAGGUCUUAAUGUUUUUCCAGACCUUAAAAUGUUUUAUUAUCCAGAUAAAGUGUUGUUGUUAAGGAUAGUUGUUAAAGGUUCAUACUUUAAUGCAAUUAUUAAAUUAUCAUUACUUGCUCAAUGGUAGGAGAUACUAGCCAGGUGCUAGUUUUUUAGCGAUUUAAGAUCGUUAUUAACAUGACAACUGAAGAUGGCCAGAUAACUUGCUUUAAGUUUACAUCUCAUUAUUAAAAUUUGCACCCUCAGACAUCUUAACAUGAGCUUUUUGGUACUGCAGUGAGGGUGUGGUAAAUAUUAACUCAUUUUUUCUAACCAUUUAGGAAAUGCAGUUGAGGUCUUUCGGAUUGGGAAAAAAGUGUCGUUUUGAAUCUAAGAAAUGUACAAGAAUAAUUUAAAAUAUAGCAUAAGAAAUGAUAAUAGAAUGAGUCAUAGUUUGUUUCUUAAAGAAUACAACUCUUUCAUUCAAUAAAAGUUUGGGUCCAUUUUUUAAAAUUUUAAAACACAAAAUUGGAAAAAUAUUUUUUUUCAAUUUGGGAAAAAUUUAUGUGUUUAAUCAUUGUGAAUAGCCCCAAAUUGGUGAGGAAGAGACACUCACUUAUAUAUAUAUCUAUAGGUAUAUAGAAAAGUGCUUCAUAUUGCUCACUAACAUUCCUCUUGCCUCACUUUAUCAUGUCACUUUACUAGGGAGUCACUAAUGGCACCCACAGCCAUGUAUUUUAAUUGCUGUCCCGGCUGAAAAAUAAUUUGAUAGUACUAUGCAACCAUACUGUAUUACAUGUAAUUUCAUGUCAUUUGACUAUUGGUGUGUCUUACUGCCAAGCUUAUGCAGUCAUUGAAAUAAGCCUUUUGUAUGAACAAGUCAAAUCCUUAUAAAUUGUUAGUGCUUAUCAUUUUCAAACUGAAACAAGUCCUGCUAUAUAAAAUAAAACAUUUGAGCAAGCCCAGUUAGCAAUUAACUAGUACAGGGCUUGCGAAAAAUGUUCAAAAUUCUGGUGUUACAUAUAAUCUUAACUUUAUGCUUUAUAAUACAGCCUUAAGUUGCUUCAAUUCAAACAGCUAUUGGAUUUGUUGCUUUCACUUUGUGUUUUCUCAUAUAGUGUAUUACUAAUUGUAUCAGUGUUAUAUUGAGGAGCAAGUUGUUUGAUAAUAAAUUAAUAAUAUGUUUAGUUCAGGAUUGAAUAAGGUUGAUCAAGAUAAUUGUGAUGUGUUCAUAAUGGUUGCAAUUUCUAGGAUUUGUAUUAUUUCUGUGAUACAUUCAAUUUUCUUCCAAAGAUAAAAGGAAUUUAUUAAAAAUUGUUUCAGAUUACUGUUAUUUUUGCAAAAUGAUAUGAUUAUAUUUUGAUAUAUCAGUUUAUUCCAGAAUAUAGCAUGCAUUUUACCAUGUAAAUAUGUUUCUUGUACUCAGGUGCUAUGCUAUUACAUUAUUUUGCCAAUAAAAUAUUUCAAAUA